GGCGACAUGUCAUUGUUUUCUUCACUACAUUCUGCUACAUUGCAUGGUUUACCAAAAGAGGCCUGUGAAUGGAGAAGAUCAUAUGGAAGGCCUCCCAGAACAGUUCAUUUAGAGGCAAGUUUUGUUCCUUAUGAUGCUGAUAUCUUACCAGAUGAAACAACUAAAACACUUGUUAGUAGACCUUACUUCCAUAUCUACUGGACUGAUUGUGUAAGUCAUUAUAAACAGUCUGUAAGAGAUGAUAUAGCAGAAUGGCAUUCAGCACUAAAAGAAGCCUCCAUACCCGAUUGGUUAAUAGUGGUAGUUAUUAAUGAUGAAAGUAAAAUUAAAUCCAAAUUACUUCCAAGAUCUUCUGUUAUAGAUAAAGUUAGAAAUGAUUUCUGUUCCAAACAGUCUGACAGAUGUAUAGUUCUAUCGGAGCCAAUGAAAACUGAUCAGAAAACAGCAGAAUCUUGGUAUAGUUUCUUUCAAAGAUUACGUCAACUGCUACUACAGGCCUUCAACCAUCAUCUUGAUAAAUAUGAAGAUAAAAUGAGAAGUUUAAGAGAAAAAAGAACUCAAGAAGGAUGGAACUAUUUUGAUUAUUUUAUUUUUCAGGAAGAACUGGCAUUUAUGUUUGAAAUGUUAGGUUUAUAUGAAGAUGCCCUGAUACAGUAUGAUGAAUUAGAUGCUUUAUUUACACAGUUUGUAGAGAAUCAUGCUAAUGGAGCUAUAGCAGAAUGGUUAAAAACUACAGUAAAAUCAUGUACAAGUUGGGAAGGACUGUCCCUCUAUAAACCUAUACAGCAUCAGAAACGAGAUUUAAUUAAGCAAAAUUUAAUUAGUUUAAUAGAGUUUAGAAACUAUUUAUAUUCAAGACAAAGUGCUUUGUUAUUCUUGAUGAAUAAGUCCUGGAUCAUUGCACAGAGAGCCAUGGAUUUUCUCUAUAAUACUGCUCAAGAAGUUUAUGCACUAGAGAUUGCUGUACCAAUUGGUGCCCUGUCUUGUUGGAUGUUUAUGAGUUGUUUAGAAGUUUUAAGAUAUUGUGAGACAACCCCCUUACAAUCAGAUAAAUAUUCCUUGUACACAGCUACGUUACGAGACUAUGCUAGGACAAAGUUGAAAGAAUUGGGAAGUUUAUGUGGUUUAAUGCCAGGUUGUGAGCCAACAUCAGAACAGUUAAGUCGUGUGGUAGAUUUAUCAGCUGGUAUGGGAGAAAGUUCAGAUGAUGAUGGAUAUGUUCAUCCUAGAGAUAGAUUACGUCAAGCAUUAUCUUCACAAACAUCAUUUAAAAAACAUUAUUUAGAAAUGUGUGAAUUAACAAUGGGAACCUACAAACAUGUCAGUAGAUUUCGUUCAGCCAGAAUACUUGGUAGAGAUAUGGCAGAAUUCUAUAUGAAAAUAGGUGAACCACAGAAAGCUGAGGGUUUUUUAUUAGAUGCUAUUAAGAUGUAUCAACAAGAAAAUUGGGGCAAUUUAGCUGAUGGUACUAUGUUAGAUUUAGCUCAAUGUUUAUUAAAGAUGGGGGAAUUGGAUAAAUAUCCUUUUACUUUAUGGAAUGCUUUUAUUCACUCUUUGUAG